GCUAUUAUGAGCGUGUGUCCAAAAAAAACUGGCUCAUCAGGACUAGGAAAACUCUUAGCCAUGGAUGAUUAACCUCGAAUUUGGUCAAAGAAGCAAAAGUGACAAAGAAGUCAGCAGCAAUGUGGAUAGGAUUACUGAUUUUGGUGGUCACUUGGACGGGAAUCAGUGAUGGGGCGACCAUAGUGCAAACCACAGCAAAACUCCACUUGUGCAAGCCCGACUGCACGGAAUACGCCAUCACGAUAACCCCCUCCAUUCACGGCGUCCACCUUAGAGUGUACAAAUUCCAUCGCCGAAAACACAUCGUCCACCCUUCAGACAUCAAGCAACUCAAGCCAAGACAAAGUUUCUACGAAUGGGACAUCAAAGCCGCUAUGAAUAGUUCCUGCCAUCUGGUGGAAGCUCUUCAAAAACUCACCAAGGCUGCGACAAAAGUCAUUCCCAAAUCCUACCACCAGACAACGCCAAUCUAUGUCUUCAUCCCUUAUACUGUCAAACAAACCAUGAAAGGAAUGUUCCCUUCCUCUUUCUACGGGCCGUUGAAGCAAUUCCUCGAUGAUCCAACUCAGCACCCCUUUCUGCCGACUUUCAGUCAGUCGAUAACUGUCAUUAAAUGCGAGAUAUUGGCUUUGUUUCAAUGGUCGACGUUGAAUUUCCUUCGCGGUGCUUUUUUGCAUGAACAUUUUAAAGGUACAACAGAUGUAGUGGGAAUGAUCGACUUUGAUUUUAACAUGAAGGUCUCAAUUGGUUUUGAGACUAAUUCUACGAGCCACAACAUUACGGAGAUUCUGACCAUUUACUCAACGCCGCAUUUUGUCGUCGCCAAAUCAUACACGAAAAGAGGUUAUGACCAUUUCUUAAAAGCGUACUUCGAUACCAUUGUCUCCCUUGUUUCCAAAAAACAGCUAGCUUCCAAGAAACCUUUAAAAAGCCCUUGUUCGCCCACGGGAUCUUUACUGACGGUAACCAAUGGAACAAGCACAAGGCUCUACAUUGGAACAGGGAACAUCAGCCACUGCAGACAAGUUCUCAAGAAAACAAUCGACACAUUCAAGCUCGUAGGACAAAGUCCUUACGCCAUAGAGGGGGCAGCCUCAGCCAAGCUUUACGGUCUACCGGAAACAGCAAACGUCUUGAAGAAGAUAGGCUGUAAUGAUUGUGAAGUCAGCUUUACUGCCACCAAAAUUGACAAAUUGGCGCGCGCGUAUUGCAGCAAGAAGACAAAGGCCCGCGGUACGGAAGUCUGCGCAAACGCGAACUUCAUCUACGUUAUGAUAACCCAAGUGUACCACAUCCCAAAGGAUACUAAAAUUUUUGUGGCGAAGAAGGAGUAUAACGGGCUUGAGAUGACAUGGGAGUUAGGGGUGCUUAUACAUAAGAUGAAUAUGCUACUGGAUUCGAUGAAACCUUGAUGAUUCUCAGGCAACAAGUUCUUUUUAAGCCAAAGUGAAAAUUGCACAUUCUUCUUGGUCCAGCACAAAAGCCUUUUAUUUUUCUAACAUAUCUAAUAUAAUAUUUAAAUGAUGAACUGAACUUAAUGUAAGAACUAAUACAAAUUACUCGGAUUUUCUUAUAUUUCAAAAUACUAUGACUGCGAAAAAUAAACAUGGGAAAACUCUCUAUAUAUUCAGAGCAACUUGUUUGAUCGGUGAAGCUACUGUAGAAACGGAACAAAACAAACAGCGAAAAAUAAAUUGGGCAUCACCUUUCUAUAUUCAGGUCAAUUUAAACAUUGAUAUUAUUUUACUGCUUAUGGGUUGCUUACACAGAAAAGGAAAUGAACUCGACACCAGCACCCAUUUCUUAUCUUGCCAAUCCAUGGAAAAAACACUGUAGAUAGGUUUGCUUAAUUUAGAAACCGAUGUGAAACCAUAAAUGAACAGAAAUAGAAAUCGAUGUGGAUGAAACCAUAAAUGUACAGGACAAGGGAUCUACCCCUUUCUUCAGGACCUCAACCAUUUUUGUGUCUCUGAUAAGCUUACUGAAGUCGAUUCUGAACUUGAUGAAACCACCAAUGAACAGGA